ACGUACCAUGGGCUGAUAAACCAAGGAUCUACAUGUUACUUGAACAGUGUGCUGCAGGUGCUGUUCAUGACUGAAGACUUCAGAGAUGCUGUGACAAGGAACUCUAAAGAAAAUCCUCACACUGAGUUUCUUGAUCAUCAUCUGAAAGCCUUAUUUGAUGACUUACAUAACUAUACAGCAAACACAUAUAAAAUAACACAGAAGCUGGGCAUCGACAACGUGUAUGAACAGCGUGAUGCUGCAGAGUACUUUGAGAGGGUUUUAAGAAUGACCAGCACUGAUGCAUCAAAGAUCUUCCACGGUCAGUUAGCAAACAAGACCACCUGUUCUAAAGGACAUAUACAGACUGACGGAGAUGCACCGUUUUGGCAUCUUCCUCUUUCACUGGUGGAUUACUGCAGUAAAGACUACAGUGUGGUGAAGGGCAUUGAAGAGUUUUUUAAACCUUCAGAUUUCUGUGGAGAAAAUCAGAUGUACUGUGAGCAGUGUGGUGACAAAGUUGAUUCCACAAUGACAGAUGUAAUAAAGCAUCAUCCAGAUGUUUUGUGUCUGAUGCUGAAGAGGUUUGAGUUCAACUAUAAUUACAUGUCAUACAUCAAAAUCACCUGUUCUGUGGAGGUUCCCUACACCCUGCAGAUACCAGAGAGUCAGACAUAUGAACUGUAUGCAUUUGUGGAUCAAUUUGGUGAUCUGAGAGGAGGACAUUACAGUGCAACAAUCAAGAUCCAGGAGGAACAUGGAGACAGAUGGUAUCAGUUUGAUGAUACCAGGGUCACAGAGCUUGAUUAUCAGCCAUUCCAGCUGGAUAACACUGAGAGGUCCCAGACUGCAUAUCUUCUGUUUUACAGGAAAAAGAAAGAUACUGGUAUUCCAGAGUCCACAGAUGUGUUCACCAGUGAACUACUUACCAUCAAUAAUGAAUAUGAUCAGAGACAAGAUGGGAAAAAUAAGAGAAAGAGAAGGAGAGAGAGGGAAGAGACAGACACCGAAGGUUAUCCAGAGGCUGCUUGCUGCAGAGAAGCAGAUGGAUCAUGUGGCUCAUCCUCUGGACAAUGAAGCAAAUGAGGACAAUAGAAGCACUGGAUGUGAUGACCUAUAUCAUAAAAAUAUAGGAUUGUUGUUUUAAAUAUGUGACGAUCUAAACAAAAAACAUGUGAUGAUAUUAAUAGAAUUAAUAGAUAAUAAAACAUAUAGAUGAAAAGGCUAAAGAUAAGCAGUCAGAGAGAAAAAGCCAUGCAGAGCAUCCAGCUGACACUGUUAGAGAGAACAUAUGUGAACAUCAGGAGAAUAAAGAAAAAACUGAAAAUUAUUACAGCCCUUGUCCUAAUCAUGCUGAGGAGGAGGAGGAGGAGAAAACAAGAACCGAUUUUCAACAUGACACAAAAAGAAAGAUUAUUGGUGAUAAACCAAUAGCAGCGAUGUACUGUGACACAUUUCAGGAUAAAGAUAAAGUUGAUGAUAGAAAAGAAAACAUACUAAAAGUUGAUCAGCGUCAUAAACAUGGAAACAGACACAGUGAUACACUGAACAUACAGGAGAUGAAUAAUGUCAGUGAAUGUUAGCAUGAAGAGUCACUGAAACCACUAAGAUAAAGCUAAGUAGCCACAGUAGAGACAAAGAAAAUUAUUUAUGGCACAGAUUGAGCAAGGUGCU